UUAGUUUGGUGUGUUGUUAAUUUUCUUUCAUUACAUUACAUUACAUUGCCGACUAGUUUACGCUACGGCUUAUUUGCAAAUAGCAAGCAAGAUCUGAUCUAUCUCGACCGUGAUGAAGAUGGGGUCUUUACCUUUCUUCUUCCUCCUAUUCUUACUGGCCCUCUUCCCCAUCUCGUUCUCGGAGAUCCGCUUCUCCGAGAUCCGAAACGACGAUCGCCCCAUCGUGCCCUUCGAUCAGUUUGGAUUCACCCACAAGGGUCGGCUGGAGCUGAGCGUAUCCAAAAUCUCACUCUCCAAUUCCAAUCUGGACCUCUCCAAGGUUGGCUUCUUCCUGUGCACCCUCGACUCCUGGCUCCACGUUCUCCAGCAACUGGAGGAUGGCGAGAUUCGGUGCGCCCUUCAAUCCGAUCUCGUCAAGUCCGUUUACACCUUCAAUUCCCUCAACGGCAAGGACUCUCUGAACACGCUCUACAAUGAAACCGACGCCGACCAGUACAACCUGGUCUUCGCGAACUGCCACCCGCAGCAGCUUAAAGUGAGCAUGGACGUUAAAUCUGCCAUGUACAACCUGGACGGCAAGAGCGGCGUCCGCGAUUACCUCUCCGCCGGCAGAACCAUCCUUCCGAGGGUUUACUUCCUCUUCUCGCUGCUCUAUUUCGCCCUCGCCGCACUCUGGAUCAGCGUCCUCUACAAGAAGCGCUUGACCGCUUUCCGCAUCCAUUACUUCAUGCUCGCCGUCAUCAUCUUGAAGGCUUUGAAUCUCCUGUGCGAGGCCGAGGACAAGUCGUACAUCAAGCGCACCGGAAGCGCCCACGGUUGGGAUAUCCUGUUUUACAUAUUCAGCUUCCUAAAGGGCAUCUCUCUCUUUACUCUCAUUGUCUUGAUUGGCACUGGCUGGUCCUUCCUGAAGCCCUUCCUUCAGGAUAAGGAAAAGAAGGUUCUCAUGAUUGUCAUCCCCCUUCAGGUCAUCGCCAACAUUGCCCAGGUUGUCAUUGACGAGAGUGGUCCCUACGGCCAUGACUGGGUUACCUGGAAACAGGUCUUCCUCCUUGUUGAUGUCGUCUGUUGCUGCGCUGUGCUCUUCCCCAUUGUCUGGUCCAUCAAGAACCUCCGCGAGGCCGCCAGGACCGACGGCAAGGCCGCCGUUAACUUGAUGAAGUUGACUCUCUUCAGGCAUUACUAUGUCGUCGUUAUCUGUUACAUUUACUUCACCAGGGUUGUCGUUUAUGCCUUGGAGACCAUAACCUCCUAUCGCUAUUCUUGGACCAGUGUUGUUGCUGCCGAGUUAGCCACGCUUGCUUUCUAUCUCUUUACUGGAUACAAGUUCAAGCCAGAGGCUCAUAAUCCUUAUUUUGUCAUCGACGACGAAGAGGAAGAGGCUGCCGCCGAGGCAUUGAAGCUUGAAGAUGAAUUUGAAUUGUAAUUUCUCCCAAAAUACAAAAAUUAAGCUUUUGCCCACAACUUGGUACCAUGCUCAGGUUUAAUCUCAACAACCAGUAGAAAUUUUCGUCUUGCUUUCUAUGGGUAUAGUCAUUAUUCAUAAAUCAUUGUGCUAUAUUUUCUCUUCUGGACUCAUGACAGUUUUUUUAAUUUGUGUCAUAAUAUCCUAGACCCUUGUGUAGUGCUAUCAAGUAUGAACAUAUAUUACGUCUAAAUAUUGAUGGUCGUACCUUGCAAAUAUUUUUUGUCA